GUUUAGUCACAAGCCGUUUUGACGCUGCGUCGAUUGAACUGGGAAACAUAAAAUAUCAAAUAAGUGAUUUUAGUAACAUAGUUCUCAGCGGUUUAAAAAUAAAAUGAAUUUCCAGACCAUACAAAAAGCAGUGAGAAAUGACGAUGUCCAACUAUUUUCUCACUUUUCUGAAACUGAAAGUAGAUCGAGAUCUAACUUAUUUUCACAUAUUCACAAGAAAACGGGUGAUACUAUUGUGCACAUAGCUUGCAGAUAUGGUAGUCACAAAAUAUUAAAAUACGUUAGAGAAUCAGAUAAAAACUAUGUUCGUUUGUUUGAAGUUUGCAACAACGACGGGAAGAGACCCCUUCAUGAUGCUGCGCAAUACUCUCACCCAAACUGCCUACAGAUUCUGCUUGAGAGUAAAGUUCAAGUUGAUUCCCUAAAAAAGGGAGAUUGGACACCAUUAAUGCUUGCAUGCACGAAAAGUUCUACUGAGGUGAUCAGAAUGUUAGUAGAGGCAGGGGCUAACCAGUAUCUCAAGAACAAAGAUGGCUGGAAUGCUUUUCAUAUAGCCUGCAGAGAGGGACACCUCUCAAUACUUAAAUGCCUGCUGGAAGCCGCAUCUGAUUCCUGGAAUACAAAAAGUAAAAAUCUGCGGAGCCCAUUACACACUGCAGCUUUGCGUGGAAAAACAGAGGUAGUGAAACAUCUGGUGUGUCUAUAUAAAACAGAUGAGGAAGACAGUUGCGGUAUCACACCUUUAAUGGAUGCAUUGAGAGGAGGACAUGUUGAUACAGCUCUUGUAUUAAUUGAUCUCCAUGGAGCAGAUUUAACAAAGGAGGAUAAAGUUGGCAGGCAAGCAAUACAUCACAUUGCUCAAUCUGGUCAAAUUUUAGCUCUUCAUCAAGUCACUGAAAGGGGAAUAUCUGUCAACACUAAAUCUGGGAUUAGUGGAGAGAUGCCUCUUCAUACUGCUGCUAAGGAAGGACAAAUAGAAAUGGGAAAAAAGCUAUUGAUUCUUGGGGCAGAUAUUAAUGCUGUUGAUUUAAAUGGACGUACAGCUCUUCAUUAUGCCAGUGCUGGACAACAGUCUGAGUUUGUCAAGUUACUUUUGAUUCAAGGGGCACAACUUCUUGCUGACAAAAACAAUCAGUUCCCUCCCCAGCUAGCCAAAAAACAAAAUGUUCUGGAUGCUUUUGGGAUCACAUGAGGGUAGGUCCCACUCGGUAAAAAUUAUUUAAAAACUGCUCACAGACUCUCUAUUUGUUGAUGCUCCUAUGGAUGGAGGCUAAGGUGCCACACUUCCUGCUGUAUGGAGAUCGGAAGGGAAGGCAAUUUUAAAAACUGUAAACAUUGUUAAAUUAUUAUGAAAAAAACAAACACCGAAUUUUUUUUUUCAACAAAAAAGUUUUGAAAGACCCAUAGCAUGUCCUGUGAAAUGAACCGAAAAUUGGAUUUAAUAAAGACAGAACGCCAAAAAAUAAAAAUUCUACACAUUUAUUUUGUGUGUGUGUGUGUGCAGUAAACUUGAAUACUUGGUCUCAAGUAACCUUGAUAAGUAUGUGGAAAGAUCUAGAUAAAUGCUGAUAUGUCAAUGCUUUGAGCAAUAUGUCAGAGCAUGUACCACUGUCAAAAUAUAAUGUAAUUUUUAAACAAUUUUAAUUGACUUUGCAUUCUAUUCUAAUCUUUAUAGUUUUUAAAUCUGGUAGUGAAUUUAACUGGUUUAGUUAUGACACUAAUUCAAUUAAACACAGUGACAAAAAUAUAUUUAAAUUUCCAAAACACCCUCAUUGUCUGAAGGUUAUAGGUGGUCAUGGAAUAUAUCUGG